UCAUCUUUUGAUUUCUGCGUGUUCAUGUCCUUACAAACUUUUCAAUUUGCAAACGCGUUGUGCUUGAUCAUCCAAAAUUUUAAAUCGCCGGAGCAGUGUGUUGAUAAGUGUCAACCAGAAAACAGGAUUCACCCUUCGACGCCAAGUCCAUAGGAUUUGAUUAUUUUUACGUGCUCUCGCAAUUUAAUUUAAAAACCGCAUUAUCACGAUGAGCUCCAUCGGCACAGGGUAUGAUCUCUCAGCUUCACAAUUUUCUCCUGAUGGACGUGUAUUUCAAGUAGAAUAUGCCCAAAAAGCUGUUGAAAAUAGUGGAACUGUACUUGGACUGAAAGGAAAAGAUUGUGUAGUUUUCGCUGUAGAAAAAUUAGUAACAUCUAAACUCUAUGAGCCAUUUUCAAACAAACGAACAUUCAAUGUUGAUCAGCAUAUAGGAUUGGCUGUAUCAGGACUUAUUUCUGAUGCACGUCAAAUAGUUGAAACUGCUAGAUUAGAAGCUUCAAAUUACAGAGGACAAUAUGGAGUUGGUAUCCCAUUGAAAUACCUUAAUGAUCGUUUAUCAAUGUUCAUGCAUGCGUAUACUCUGUACUCUGCCGUCAGACCAUACGGAUGCUCAGCAAUUUUGAGCUCUUAUGAAGAUAAUAAACCAGAAAUGUAUAUGAUUGAUCCUUCAGGAGUAUCUCAUGGAUAUACAGGAUGUGCUAUUGGUAAAGCGAAACAAGCUGCUAAAACAGAAAUUGAAAAACUCAAGCUUUCAACACUGGAUCACAUUGCUCUAGUAAAGGAAGCCGCAAGAAUUAUUUACUUGGUUCAUGAUGAAUUGAAAGACAAACAAUUUGAGCUUGAAAUGAGUUGGGUUGGUGAAUGUACUCAAGGAAAACACGAAAAAGUUCCGUUGAACAUCAAAACCGAAGCCGAAAAUGCAGCCCGUCAAAUAUUAGCAGAUGAUUCGGACAGCGAUGUCGACGAAAUUUAAAAAUAUUUCAAGUUUUCCGUUUAAUUCUAAAAAGAAUCGGAAGUACAUUUUGUUAAUUUGCAUAAAAACUUUAUUCUUAAACAUCGUCGUAACUCUUGAGUCAAGAUGUAUGAUAAAUUUGAUUUUACAUAAAAAAAUAUGUUAAAUCUUUAUUCUCAAAAGAAAAAAAAAAACAAAUAAAUAUAAGGAAUGGUUUUUACAAACACAA